AUUCUAUACAGUCCAGCCACCCGACUAUUCUCCCAGAGACCCAGGUGGUGACGCUCUUUCAGUUUCGCAAAUUCGGUGGCAGGAAAAACCCGGUCAUUUGGGCUGCAACUGUGGAUUGUCCAGCUACGAACUCUCUCUCCCUCUCCAUCUUCACUAUACCUCUCUCUACAACUACCGCCUAGACCUUAAUUGCCAUUGCAACUGGGUCAUUGAGCGGCGAUACUUUGACACACUAUAUCUGACCACUCUGAAUACUCCCAGGUUAUCCUGUCGAAUACCGCGAGAUAGCUCCCGUACAUUCUUUCGAUCUUGGUCGUCAUUCCUCCCAUCUCGAUUAUCGACGCCCGCAUUCCAGGUCGCUGCUGUCACUACAUUCUUUAAGCGGGUCAGACGGCGUUGGUCUACUUGGGAAUUGACACUUUACAAUCGACAUUCGAGUUCGGCGAGUUCGUGAAUCGUUUACUCGGUUGAUAAGGGUGGCAUUUGGCUACUAGGCAAGGUGUGCAGGACGAAAGACACUCCUUCUCGGGGUUCCGGGAAGAGAGGGACUAAGCGCAACGGAGGAAAAGAGAAGGCACCAUUUUGUUGAAGAUGGCGACCAGAUUUGGCACCGGCUUUGGCCGGUUUAUCCCGAUGAUCGGAUAUCACCACGUGCUGAUGAUCUUGAUCGCUGUUAUUAUCAUUCUUCUAUCACUAUUACUCGCGGGAUGCUCGUCAUCAUCUCCGCAAAUACCUGACAUUUUCCUCAUUUCCAUGUACUAUGAGCGGUACGAUCCAGUAUUCAGUCUUGCCCAGGUAGAUCCUGGAGUUGUGACGGCCACGGCAAAUAUUGUUGGAGGUGCACAGAUGGAGGUCCGCGUGGGAUACUUUGGAAUCUGUGUCCAACCGGACGGUGGCUCGUACAUCUGCAACGCCAACGCGACAGCUUUGGCUGAGAUUGUUACUGUCGAUCAAGAUCCUCUGAAUCUAAUCUGGGUUGCGUCAACGUUCAAGGAUGCAGUGGUGUUCCCGUACCUGAUAAUUAUCGCCGUCAUCCUUUCCUUCUUUUGCUUCAUUAUCCUCGCAACUUUCCCUGGAUGGCACGAGGAAGUUGACGCCAGCGGAUCCGAAGUCGAAGUCAAGCCUUUCCCGUCGCGCCCUGUAUCCCAGGUUGCCCUCGCCCUUAUCUUCAUUGCCGCGGUCUUCGUGCUCGUGUCCGUGUUAUGGCAGCAUACAGCGUCAGUCGCAGCAAGCACAAUAGCUCAAGAUCUAGGGAACGGCAGUGUCAGAAGUGGUGUUGGAACCUCCGCAAUGGUUCUGGGUUGGUUCGGUUUCGCCCUGAUGGUGAUCGUAUCAAUUGGAUUGCUCGUCAUGAUUCUCAACCUACGGUUACUUGGGCAAUUGACGGACGAGGAGUGAUGGACCCUUGGCCAAUUUUCUAUGUUAUUUCCCGACUUUCGUUCUGCUUUUUACAUCUCCCGAUUCAUGCUCAAAAUACCCACGACACACAACUACACGAAUACCCGCACCGCAAACGACGACACAUGAAUAAUAUGAGAAAUCUCCCGAUGAUCGGUAUGGACAUCAUGAAAGAUAAUGAUCGCACCUAUUCCUGGAUGAUCUGGUACCUUCUACGCUCCGACACAACAACCUCCCAACAACAUACAACACGACCCUCCUGGCUUGGUUUUUAUGCUCCGCUUAUCACCAUCGCAACAUGUACAUCCCCGCGCGACUUAUACUACAACCAUUGAUGCAUCUUUCUGUGCUGUAUAAAGAGUUUUCUAUUUUACAUCUUCUGUUUCUCUCCGCGUUAUCCUUUUACAAGGGUUCGAUUGGACCUGGGUACUAUGGGACGGACGAACUGGAAUGGACUGGAAUGGUUGGUAUGGAUAUGGAUAUGGAUAUGAUACAGAAAUGGACAAAUUACAUAUAUCCAAGCUAAACUGUUAAAAUGGUCAUAUAUUUUUGGUCAUC